AAAAUUAAUACGGGUUACAGUGAAAUGAACACGUUGGUAAUGAAAACGUUUCAUGACCAGUGGGACACGUAAAACAAUAAAUAGCUUCACUUGUUUGGUUAAAUCGUAUCAUUGAUGUCGAUCGCCAAGGAAGCAAUUGAAUUGCUGUUUAAUUUUGUGAAAUGCAAUAAUAGAAAAUCGAAAUGGUUUGUAUUAGAAGUGGAUUUCACAUUUUCUGGACGAAUAUUUAUUAUGUAACACGAAUAACUAAUACAUGACCACCCAUCAGAAAAGCAAAAUAUCAGUAAAUAUGAAAUAUUGCACAUCAUUCACGGUAUAGCUUGGCAACUGCGAUAUGACACAUGAUUUAUCUGUUGCAGUCUGCUACGUGCCACAGAUGAUUAAGAAGGAGUAUUUAAAGCGCUCGAAUGUAUGUAUAUUCGGUGUGUAGACGCCAUAUUCUUCUGAGUAGGCGAGCAGUUUCUUGUGCUCUCCCCAGGGCUGCUUAGAUUAAUUUCUUUCGAAAAUGGGUAUACACCUCGGGUGUCUUUUAGUUUAAAGGCUAAAGGUAUCACCUAUGACCAAACAAUGCGGGACACAGUCCAACCGCUCCUAAAGUAGCCUGCCACUGCAACACUAUCGGCGUGGGUAAUCGUUGUUGCUUAGCAAUAUUGCUUCAGUAUAGAGCUGUUUGAGCAAUGAUGUGUGUAUUCUCCGCCUUUUCACAGUUAACGCGCGAAUCGUGCGUUGAGAAUCGUUCAAACCGAAAUAAACAACAAUAUGGUGACAAAGAAGAUUAGGACGGAGUACAUGAAGAAAUUCAAGGAUCCGAAAUGGGAAACCUACUCUAAGUGUUACGAGGAUUCGCUGAAAUACAGACUGACUAGAAGGCUGCUGGAGCAAGCACACAAACCGUGGUUCUGGGAGGGUUGGGACAGCGGGUCCGAAUCGAGCGGUAGGUCAACUCCCAGGAACAGGAAUAAAGUCGAGCCCUUAAAACUCCAAGAAGCAUCGCCUAUAGAGUCUGAAAAUGAGCCGUGUGAAGCACACGGACAAGCUGGUUUGCCAGAAGAUACCUCGGACCUAAAAUAUGAGUGUCCCGAGAGAGCUGAACCGCAGGCGGCAGCUGUGGCCCCAGAUGCAUUGUUUCCCACAGAUAUGCAAGGUUUAGUGAAUGGAUACACAGCUGAGGAAGAAAGGGAACCUGGAGAGGAACCAAACCACUCAGUUAGGCCCCGUACCACCCGCUCUGAGCCAGACUGCAACAGGUGUGAACCUUCCAACCCCCACCCCCGUCGAAAGCCAGCCAGGGCCAAAAGCCAGCCCCCACGGGAGUCCAUGGAGAAGGUGACUGGCAAAGAGUGCAGACCCUUCACUGGCUGGGCUGAGAAGCAGGCGGAUACAGGGGUUAACAAAACCCACAACGUGUGUACGUCUGCCUCUGGCAAAGAGAUUCACCCAGCUGCUCUGCACACCAAAACCAGACGGGAGGUUGAGAAGCGUGGGAGGACGCUUGACCGUAGGCGGGCGCGGUCAGCAGACCUGGAGAAAGCACACAAGGCCAGGCUGGAUCCCAUGGAUGACCCUUGGAUGACUGAGUACAUGCGCUGCUUUUCUGCACGAUCACGGUAGGGCAGGUAUACCUGCCCUGGGCCUAAUAUUUGCCAGUUUUCCUGACAGAAGCUUGCUUGCUGAUCAGUUGCUGGUUUGGAUCUUGGCAGUUUAAUUUUUUGCUAUACAGUGGUGUUGGCAGUGGAGUGCAUAGUUGUG